UUCAAAUUUUGUAACGAGCGGACGCACUGCAGUGGGUGUGUGUGAAAGAGGAAAAGCGCGCGCGCGAUUGCGGAAGGUUUUUUUUCUAUGGGUGAAUUUUCGGGAGUUUCACGUUUUUAAAAGGACCUUGGAUUGGUUUAUAGUUCAAGCAGGAAGAGUAGCAAGAAGAAAAGGAAGAUUUUGUCAAAACAUAUGUGGCCGCCCAGGCGGAACAAAUAUUUGAACAUCGAUUGAGUUGACUUUGCUGGCGAAGGGAAAUGAUUAGUGUCAGCGGAAAAAUAGUGAGCUUUGAGUGAUAUUCGCAGAAUUUUUGCACAUGUGCGUGCAACGGUCUGCUGGCCGGCUGUUUUUGGAGUUUAUCGGAUGAAUAAUGAAUUUAGAAUUGUGCUGCCAGUGACUGCUCCUCCCACGGGAAAGGUGACAAGAUAAUGGUGCCCAGAUCGCACGUUUCGUCAAAUUAAUAGUGAAUUAGAUGUCGUCGUCGUCGUCGUCGUUGUGGUGACAUCAGCUGCAGCAUAAUACAAAUUUGCCCAACGAUUUUAAUCACUGAAAUCGAACAAUUUUGCGGUUUAACCUCACUUUAUUUGAUUGGCAACGCAUCGCUGAGCAGUGCUGCCAAAAUAGACCGAUCCGAUUCGCUGGAUGAAGUGCAAACAUCCGCGUGGUUAGGUUAGGUUUUGUUCGAGUCCACAAUAGAACCAGAAACUGGAGCACCACACCACAAACAGGGGAAGCCUCAGACCAGCAGGGAGUGGCCACCAAAUCGGCAAAUCAAUCGCGAUGAACUGUGCUGCCAAAUGCACUCAAUUAUUGGUGAAGUGAAAUAUGCUAAUGCGUUUAGGAAUAUCAACCACGUGGUGAGCUGUUUCGGUUGAAUAGGUUAGUUUUUGUGUGUGGUGAAAUCGAUUAGAGUGGAUUGAAAAAAAAAAUACGAAAAGUGCUAAGUGAAAAGCUUUGUCAAGUGGGGGUUAAAACUCCAGGGGCAAGGAUUGAAUUAAAAUAGCAUAUUUAACACAGGUCCAGGUGUGACAGGUGUGGUGUCCCUAAAGUUUACUGAAAAGUUGGUGCGCGCGAUAAAAAGUGGCCCAUUAAUUUCGCGAGGGUCCCAGCCCCCCGGAACCGGAAACGGGGCUGGAACGGACGGCGCGGGACAAAGGUGCCAACGUGGAAAUGUGAUAAUUGUUGUGGACGAAGGUGAAAACCCCGGGACCAAUAAUACAGCGAAGAAAAAACCAGCGAAACUCUCCCUCACACUCACUCUUUUUUCGGUUAAAUAAUGGGCCAAAAGCAUUGAACCGUAAUUUGUGGCGGACUGUGGGUGGGAAGAGAGUAGUCAGCAGGUGGUGAAAAUUAUAUUUGUGGAAAACAAGAGAAAAGAGAGAAAAAAAGGAGUGAUUCGAGUGAGAUAGAGGUGUGAAAAGUGUGGUGUUGUGUUGAGGAAAAACUCGGAGUGCAGGAGAUUCGGGGUGCCAUCGUGAGAGUUGAAACACCAGCUGCUGGGCUAUUGGAGGCUGCAGGAUUAUUCUCGAGCUGACCAAGCGGAUUUCCAAUUAAAUGUGACAAAAUGAAAAUAUUAAGAUUCAUUUGCUGCUGCACGGCUCUCAUCGUCGGGCUUUCGAUUGGAACAACCGCAGUCGCUGCUGAUCAGUCCACUAAGGAGCGAAUAAGGAUACACAAAGAAUGGCUCGAAAAGCGUCGAGCCGCCAGCCGAGCCACCCAGAAUAACACCAUCCCCGGAAGCGACUUUCCCUCGUCGACCCAGCGCACGACCUACCUGCGAAAGUUAAUCAAAUUCAAGAACGAGCGUGAACCACUCUCCGAGAAUGACAUUUCCUUUGUGCCACAUUUCGACAAUAGAAAUCAAAACAGCCAGGACAACGAGUACGGCCUGCGCCCGUUCGCUGACCCCGACGGCACCGGUUCCGACGUGACUCCCACGUCGUCGUCCACCAAUGAGGUCCGGUAUCAGUUGGCCGAGGGUGGUAAUUUGUCCAAUGGCGGAAAUCGGGAACCACCGUCGUCGCCAUUGUUGUUGCAGUCCCGAUUGCUGGAACAUCACCAACCAAUCGUGGACGAUGAGGAUGACCAGGAGCAGCCGCAGCAGCAGCCCGGAGCUGACCCAGAAACGUCCAACGAGAUACCGCCGGUGACAACGGGCGCACCUGGUCCGGGCCAGAUUAACGUCGCUGUGGCCAAAAUAAAUGAGUCCAACCUGGGAUCCGGUGGCCAGGAAGAGCCUCGCAUAAAUAAUGAUUUGCCGGUGGUGUCUCCCACCACAAACAGCAAAAGUGGCCAUUAUAAAUCAGAUAACUAUGCCAUUCCUACGCAAAGUGCUGGCAACACUGCCGUCGCAGACGUCAAACGGAAACCAGCUCCCCAUCCGGCCGUAAUUAAUAACGAAACCACGGAAAACGACGACGACGACGACGGAGGAUCCUCGCAAGACGCUUCCGGGGUGGCACCCCACACCUCAUCCUCCUCUUCCUCGUCUUCGGAGGCGGUCAAAGUGGACCAGAACACUGCGGACAGUAACAGUAACGUGACCGUAAGAAAUGGAUUCGGCCCGUGGAGCAACUGGACGGCCUGCUCGCGAUCCUGCGGCGGCGGUGUCAAGUCUCAACAGCGGAAGUGCUGGCGGCGGGAGUACAUAAACGGCAAGAAGAGCCCAAAGCCGGUGGUGGAAAGCUACGACUGCAUCGGCAUCUUCAAGCGGUACCAUCUUUGCAACGAACAGGAGUGUCCCGAUCCGACGGUCGAUUUCCGUGAGCAGCAGUGCGCCAGCUUCAACAACCAGUCGUUCCAGGACAAGCGCUACAUCUGGGAGGCUUUUAUCAAAGACGAUGCCGAGUGUGAGCUGAACUGUAAGCCGAUUGGAAUGCGCUACUUUGCCACGCUCAACAAGACCGUCAUCGAUGGGACGCCCUGCAGCAAACCGACCGAGUACUUCCGGCGGAACAACAGCGGCCGAGGAAUCUGCGUCGAGGGUAUCUGCAAGGCUGUUCACAAUAGUGGCGUGAUAUCUGGGACGUUCAUGAAUAAUGGGGCCGUGCGGUGCGGAGCUGCUUCCGUGUGCCGGCCCGUUUCCGCCAUCUACACCAAGAGCCAGAGCCAAACCAACGGGUACGUCCACGUGGCCACCAUCCCGGCCGGCGUAUACAACCUCACCGUGACCGAGCUGCAGAACAGCCAAAACUACCUGGCACUGAAAACGGCCGACCACCAGCGGUUCAUCAUCAACGGGGACUACACCAUCUCGCUGAGCGGUCUGUACCAGGGAGUUGGAACGACCUUCGAGUAUCGCCGGAUAGACGGGCUGAACAAUGGCUCCGCGGCGAGUUACCGCCGGAUCGAGGGCGUCACCGAGUGGAUCACCGCGCCCGGACCAACCGCCGAAGCCAUCCAGCUGUACCUGCUGUCGCAGCAGCCGAACCCGGGCGUCAAGUACGAGUACCUGAUGCCGAUCAACACCAACCCGGCUGUGGAACAGGGCAGCUCCGGCGAGGACAACCGAAUCGAUGGACUCUCCAACGAAAUCUCCGAGAAGGCAAGUCUCCGCGUUCCGAAGCAGCGAAUCAUCCUGAACAACACGCUUGCAUCGAGCACUUCGAAGCCACUCCGCAAGCGCAAGUUCCUCUGGAAGGUGAUCGGAUUCAGCGCAUGCAGCAAGUCCUGCGGCGGUGGCAUUCAACAGCCGGUCAUCAAAUGCGUCCGCGAGGCGCCAACCCGAAUCUUCUCUCCCAAACGAUGCGCCCAUCUCACUCAACCUGUUCUGAACGAAAACCUGCUUCGUUGCAACACCCAACCCUGCCCAGCUUACUGGAAGCUGUCCGAAUGGAGCGAAUGCAACUGCGAGGACAAAACCAUCGACAACGACGUCUACAAGUCACGCGAGGUCAAGUGCGUCCAGGAACUCAUCUCCGGCAUCGUCAUCCAGGUCAGCAGCGGAGCCUGCAUGGAAGAACAACCUCCGGCUUCGGAAAAGUGCGACUGUGCCAAGCACUACAAACCAACGCCAGCACCCCAGCAGUCGGAACCGCACAAGCACCGACCAACGGUCAUCAAUCACAACCACCACCAUCAUCACCACCACGCCAACGGACACAACACCCAGAACGAUAUGCAACAACAGCAGAUCAUCAGCAACGGGUACGGACGGACGAACCUGGACGCAAGCCGAAUAACGCAGAAAGUUGAAGCGAAAAAGACCGGCGUCUGGUUGACCGCGGACUGGAGCGAGCGGUGUUCGGCGACCUGCGGAGUGGGACUGCAAACGCGGUCCAUCUUCUGCGACCGGAGCACCUCAACCAACGCGGAGCGGUGUGAUUUGCGGUUUACGCCGGACACGACCAGAGAGUGCACCAGCGAUCGGGCGUGCGAGUACGGCGAGUGGUUCACCGGACCGUGGGGUUUGUGCUCCGGCGACUGCUUCAACCUGACGCGCUCCCGCACGGUCCUGUGCAUCCGGAACGACAACUUUGUGGCGGACACCGAGUGUGACGGAGCGGAGCGCCCGCUCGCGAUCGAACCGUGCGACAUCGAAACCAUCGACGACUGCAAACCCAGGUGGCAUUACUCUGAGUGGAGCGAGUGUACUAAACCAUGUGACGCCGGAAAUCAGCGCCGCACGGUCAAGUGUCUCGAGUUCAACCUGCGCGACAAGGUAAUGCAAGAGUCGGCGAGCUGCCGUUACGCGGACCGUCCGAUGGCGUACCGGGUGUGCAACGAGGAGGCCUGCCCGUCGACGACGACCACCAGCACGACGACGAGUACGGCGGUGCCGGCAGGUUCGCUGGAACCGUACGUUGACCCGCGGGUGGACAUGAUCCAGAACGAUGCCGUCUGCCGGGAUGACUUCCCCAACUGUAGCAUCGUGCUGAAGGCCAAACUCUGCAGCUAUGCGUACUACAGCCAGGCUUGCUGUCAGACGUGUCGAAAUCGAUCGAACGAGUUGUACUAAAAAUCAACACCACCACCAGCAUUAACCCCCUUUUAAACCUUCCACGUGUCGUGGUCAAACAGAGUGAAUACUUAGUGAAUUCUAGCGACUAGAUUACCUUUAAGUUAUUGCUUCCCUUUCCCCACUUCCCAGUUCAUAGAUGUUAGAUAAUGCAAAAGAGUCUUUAAUUUAACACUGCCCUCUUAGUAGAGUACCUUUUAAGUUCUCGUUCUCGAAACCUUAAAAAACGAACAACAAUAAUAACUUACUUAUGCAGCAGCAAAAAAAACAAGCAAACCAAGAGAUACACUGAAUUUAAACUGCGUUGAAAAGUAUAUAUAUAUUUAAAAAUAUUUAACUUUAGGCCAAGCUAAGUUUAAGGAAUCGAAAUGACUGUGAAAUGUUUAAGAGAGAAAAAAAGGUAAAAAGCUACAUUUUAACUACACACAUAACAAAAACCCCCCACGUGCGUGUGUUUUUCCAGUGUACCAGAGAGUUCGAAUUUUCGCGAAUCAAUCUUUUUCAUGUUGCCCGCGCUCCCCCCAAGGGGCCAUCACACAUACGUAUCCACACAAACACACAGACAAAUAGAUUGUGAAACCUGUAAUUGUGUACCGUCAUCGGAGAGCAAACGAACAAAUCAAACGUAAAUAUAAGCCAUAAGGUUCAUGCCCCCCGCCCCACCCACAAACUAAACGUGAGUGUCCAAUUCGAUAUUCGAGAGAGUGAUGUAGGAUUCCACGUGUCCCCUCCCACCGACCCGAGUAAGAUCGGAGCAGUGGAGCAGCGAAAGCAUUAAUCUCAUCCCUCCCCCCGGUAGCGUGUAAGUGCCAUUUGAAGAGAAGAAAAACUAUUCCCUCCUCCUCCACCUCCAAACAUCCCAUCCUGCUGUUGUAUUAAAUCACGAAAUCAAGCAGACAGAUCAAAAUCCACCGGAAGUGUGUGGAACAUAACAAAAUAUGGGAAAGGGUCCGAAGUUUUCCGCCAUGUAAGAUGGAAAGGGGGAAAGUUUAACGAAUGCAGAAAAAAAAACAUAAAAUGAUUGUGAAACCUGUUGUUUAAUCUAUGAAGAAAAACAAGAAUCCGCUAGAAAAGUUAGAUGAUCGGUACAUUUAAUUAAAACACUUAACUUAAAUAAA